CAUGUUCCAGCCCUCCUCCGGCUCCGCGGCGCAGGACGCACACAGGACGCACACGGGACGCGCGUAAAAGUGCCCGAGCCGCCUCACUUUGAACGCCGAUCGGCAGCGUGCGCGCCUAGCGGGACUCGGAUUCUACUCUUCUUCCAUCUGUGCGAUGUUUUCACGGCCCGGGCCCGGAUUCCUGCGGCGGGAUCCACUCGAGACGCGCUCCCCGUGAUGCCGGGAGUUUGCUCCGCGCUUUGGAUCCAACAUGUGAGGAUUUCUGGGGGAAUUACCAAGGACGCCGCGUAAAGGAAAGCUGAAAAUAACCCGCGCGACCAGCGAGGCUCGUUCUGAAUGCGCGAUGGGGCCGUCCAGUACAAUACUGCUGGCUGCUCUUUUAGUUCUGGCGGACGGCGCCACCCUCCACCUGUCGGACGGCCGCUCCGGCCAGCCCGCUCUGGAGAAAACCUUCGGCCGCUCCGUCAAAGACUCGCAGUGCCAACACAUGCUGAAGCACCUGCACAACGGCGCCCGGAUCACCGUGCAGAUGCCCCCCACCGUGGAGGGCCACUGGGUCUCCACCAGCUGUGAGGUGAGACCCGGCCCGGAGUUCCUGACCCGCUCCUACAGGUUCUACUCCAACAACACCUUCCAGGCUCACCAGUUCUACUACGAGGACAACCACUGCACCCGGCCCAGCUACACCCUGCUGGUCCGGGGCCGGCUCCGCCUCCGCCAGGCCUCCUGGAUCAUCCGCGGGGGCACGGAGGCCGAGUACCACCUCCACCGGGUCCAGAUGGUGGUCCACACGGCCGCCGUGGCCAAAGAGCUGGGCCAGAGGCUGAACCGCAGCUGCCGGGGGGCGGCGGCGGCGGGGGGCCACUGGGAGCCCGGCGUCGUGCACGAGCUGUGGAGCGAGGAGGGCGGCCACGACUGCUCCAGAGAGCUGAACUUCGCCAUGCACGAGCUGCAGCUGCUGCGGGUGGAGAAGCAGUACCUGCACCACAACCUGGACCACCUGGUGGAGGAGCUGUUCCUGGGAGACAUCCACACCGAGCCGGCGCAGCGGCUCUACUACAAACCCUCCAGCUACCAGACGGCGCUGCAGAACGCCAAGAACCACGACCACGGCUGCAUCGCCUGCCGGAUCAUCUACCGCUCGGACGAGCUGCACCCGCCCAUCCUGCCGCCGCGGGCCGACCUGACGGUGGGCCUGUACGGAGAGUGGGUGAGCCAGCGCUGCGAGGUGCGUCCGGAGGUCCUCUUCCUCACGCGCCACUUCGUCUUCCACGACAACAACCACACCUGGGAGGGCCACUACUACCACUACUCCGACCCCGUCUGCAAGCACCCCACCUUCACCAUCUACGCCCGCGGGCGCUACAGCCGCGGCCUGCACUCCACCCGCGUCAUGGGCGGGACCGACUUCGUCUUCAAAGUGAACCACAUGAGAGUGACCGCCAUGGACGUGGCCACCACCUCCCUCCUCAACGUCUUCAGCGGGAACGAGUGCGGCGCGCAGGGCUCGUGGCAGGUGGGCGUGGAGCAGGACGUGACGCUGACGGCGGGCUGCGUGGCGCUGGGCAUCCGGCUGCCCCACACCGAGUACGAGCUGUUCCGCAUGGAGCAGGACGCCCACGGCCGCUACCUGCUGUUCAACGGCCAGCGGCCCAGCGACGGCUCCAGCCCGGACCGCCCGGAGAAGCGGGCCACGUCCUACCAGAUGCCCCUGGUGCAGUGCUCGUCCAGCAGCCGGGGCCGGGGCGACGACGCCGACGGGCCGCCGCAGCGCCGCGGCGGCUGCGCCGGGCGGCACGGGGGCGGGACGGGGCGGCUCGCCGGGGUGCUGGCCGCCGCCGUCACCGCUCUGCUCGCCCUGCGGCACGGUUAGCAGAGGAGCGCUACAGGAACCUUCCUGGAACUCUGAACUCCUUCACGUCUGCCAAAGACUCGACACUGCUGCACCACACAAACUGCACUUUAGAGUGGAAACGUCUCCACACACACACACACACACACACACACACACACACACACACACACACACAUCUUUAUACACUCACACAGCCCAGAUCAUGUUGUUUUUAUCGUGUAUUUACCUUCAUCUAUCGAUAGUUUUGUACUGCGAAGACACACAAAGUGACCAUGGAGGAGUCACCGUUUACAGCAGAACCUUCUCACACUGUAAAAUGAAAAUAAAGAUUUCAAACUUUUCUGCCUCAGUUCAGCUCCACAUCAGCCAGAAAGACUUUUUUGUUUGGAUGACACUGGACGUUGUUUCUAGAGGUUACUCUGAGAGUACGUAAAAUCACACCUGGAGAAGUGAUUAAAUAAAGGAGCAUCCAAUAUCGCAGAGAGACAGACUCUUAUUUUGAAGGACUCGUUGAAGUGCAUACAGUUCAAAGAUCAAUCCAUCGUUCUGAUUGAUUUGAAAAUAUCUUUAUCUUUAUUUAAGAUCAUGAUCUUAAUUAUAGUAAAGCAGGGGUGUCAGACAUAAGGCCUGAGGCCCAAAACUGUCCCGCAAGAGGCCAACAUCUGGCCAAACCACCAAGAAAACUCACUGCUGACACUGUUUAUCCUUUUAAAGAAAAAUGCUUCAGUGUGUUUUAGAUGAAAAGACAUCGUCUGAGAAAAGUCACAGCACACUACUCCUGAGUUUUCCACACGUUUUGAUGUGCUUCUUAUGGUGUUGCUCCAAUAAGUGUGGGAUGAGUUUUCCUGCAAAGUAUUUGCAAGAGAAGAAAAACUAGGAAAAAUUUCUCGAGGUAUUUUUGGUGAAAAAGGUUUGAGCACCUGUAAAAGCAACAUUUUUUGCU